AGGAAGGUGCCAAGCCCUCCCAGUCCCCAUAUUCCCAGUGUCAUAGCUGCCAUGCCUAGAGGGCCUAGAACUCCUGCGACACCGGCGAAGAGAAAGCCCAAGGCUGAGGACGUCACGCCAGUCAAAGGCAAGAAACCUCAAAGCACUCAAUGUCAACGCCCCGGUGUCUCCGAAGGAUGUGAGAAGAAAUCCAAAGUGGACCUUGUGAAGGUCACUCCGGUCAACACGAAGAAGAGAACAAUGGAAGCAAUGGAAGCUCCGGUGACACAGGCAACACCACAGAAAGUGGCUCGUCAAGUUUCUGAAGUUCAAGGUGGCGAGCCCCCAAAGACUCGCAAGACUGGCAAAGGGAAAGAGGAGAAAUUUUCCGAGCACCAAGGCCACCAAGGGAAGCCAGAGAAGCGAGAGCAGAGCCCUGAGGGAAGUGAGAGCUGGAAGGACUGGGAGGGAUUGAUGUUGAAGCUCUUUGAUCGCAUCGAGACUGCCUUGCAGCAGAACGCCUCGAGAUAUCGGAUCACUUCCGUGGAGACACUUCGGCAAAGUGUUGAGGCCUCCAUGAACCGUGAUCUCACUCUGGAACGGCUGCGGCAGGUUCUUUCAUUGAGCGAUGGGAUGUUGGAGGCUUUGUGGAAGGGUGAAGGUUGCCCGUACUUGUCCGUAGAACAACGGGACAAGGAGGGAAGGCCAACACGCCCUGAAGCAAGUGAACUAUCUGAACGUCGAGCCACAUUUUACAAAGCUUUGUCCGGAGCGUGUGCCAGAAAAGAAGUGCCAGCAAAACCUCUUCCACCUCGACCAGCUGGGCAUGAAUCAGAACAGAUUGAAGAACCCGUUGUUGUGGAUGUUGAAGCUGGGCGAGCGGCUGCAGCAAAACUUGCAGAGCUCGCCAAGCUCCCAAGCCUCAGAACCACUGGGACUCCAAGGCAGCGAAUGGAAGCUUUGAAAGCUCGAAUCGCUGCCAAAAAAGCCAUUGUGGAAAAAGAGGAGCAGGAAGAAGCAGAAUUUCAACGCCUCUUGGAUUCCAUCAGUGUCUGCGAGGAUGUUCUUGCGGCAAGAGAGGUUCUGAUCCAUAUGUUUGCUCGUCCUGGUGAGGGAAAGAUUGUGAAUGUGUCAGAGAAGAAGAUUCUGGGAGCGCUCUGUUCUUGUACCUUUGCAGAUCAAUGCACUCGAAUGGUCAGCCUGGAUGCCGGCAAGGUUGCGCUGGCAAAGCUGAAAGAACUUGGAGAGGGGAUUUGGUUCUCAGUGAUUCCAGCCCAGUACUCGCAGGACACCUUCUGGCGCCGUAUCCCUGGAGGAAAUGACACCAGAGUGCGCGCAGCUUUGAAUGGUGAGAUGCAGGCCCUGCAGGAGAAGAAACUGAAAUUGGUAUCCGGCAGUGUCAAGGCAGUCAAGGCUGCAAAGGUCAAGAGGGACAUAUGAUGUCCGUGAUGUCCAGAUCAUGGGAAGCUUUGUGAACAAAGCUCGUGGUAUGACGCAGGCUUAGUUUUUUGUCUGUGAUUAUAUGUGAUUUAAUCUUGGUUGUGGGAGGAAAGAGUAGGGGGAUGCUGCUCUUCUGGUUUCACUCCUGAUGUUCUACAUCAGUUGGGGAGAUUUGCGGCGGAUUUGGAAAGA